CUUACUCUGUGAAAAAUAUUAGUGUCGAACAUCAUCUUUUUCUAUUCGCUGAUCCUUGAUUUAUUUUUUUUUUUUAAAUCUAAAAACAGAACAAGUAACAAUGUUAAAUUUUGUGUCAUUUCCAAUAACUUUAUUUCUUUUUUCCGUAACAAGCGUUUUAUCACAAGAACAAGAGCACAAUGCACCCUGUGUUGAUGAUAGUAAAUUCUACAGAAAUCCAAAUACACCAACUCACAAUGUAUGGACACCAUCAGAAUGUGGAAAAUAUUAUCUUUGUUUGGAUAAUGAAGUUUUUGAAUUCAAAUGCUCGGAGGGAUUACUCUUUGACAUUUCAAGGCAAAUGUGCGAUUACAAAUCGAAUGUUGACAAUUGCGAUGUGCCAAUAGAAGAGCAGCCUCCUAAGCCCCUGCUUCGUGAUGGGGAUUGCGAAGAAAAAGAAUUAGCCUGCGGUGAUGGCACUUGUCUUCCAUCUCAUUAUUUCUGCGAUGGCAGUGUUGAUUGUCCCGAUGGUUCAGAUGAAGGAUGGUGCGAUACAAAAAACGAUCCAAACUCGGCAACAAAUUGUAAUCCGCGUAAAUGUUUAUUACCUGAUUGUUGGUGUUCCAAAGAUGGAACACAAAUACCGGGGAAUUUCUCAGCCUCGUCAGUUCCACAAAUGAUAAUAGUCACUUUCGACGAUGCAGUCAAUUCCGAAAAUUUUGAUCUUUAUACAAAAAUUUUUACGGAUGAGAGAAAAAAUCCAAAUGGUUGUCCUGUGAGGGCAACAUUUUAUAUCAGUCAUCAAUACACGAAUUAUAGAGAUGUCCAAUAUCUCUGGAAUGCUGGACAUGAAAUUGCCACCCAUUCUGUCACACAUCGAGGACCCGAGGAUUGGUGGUCACGAAAUGCAACAUUAGAAGACUGGUUUGAUGAAAUGGUUGGAGUUGCAAAUAUUAUAAAUAAAUAUUCAGCAGUUCGAAUCAGAGAUAUUAAGGGUACAAGAACACCAUUUUUACGAUUAGGUUGGAAUCGACAAUUUCUCAUGAUGUCUGAAUUUGGUUUUGAAUAUGAUUCCUCGAUAAUUGCACCAUUUUCCGAUCCACCAAUAUGGCCCUAUACUUUGGAUUAUAAAAUAUCACAUCGUUGCGUUGGUCCCAGUCAAGUUUGUCCAACUCGAUCUUAUCCAGGAAUUUGGGAAAUUCCUCUCAAUCAAUUGAUCCUCGGUGAUUAUACGUGUCCAACUGUCGAGACAUGUCCAGCGAAUCUCUCUGGCGAAGAUGUAUACAAAAUAUUAAUGUUAAAUUUUAAACGACAUUAUUUGAGUAAUCGAGCACCACUUGGUCUUCAUUUACAUUCAGCGUGGCUUCAAAAUUCCGCUUACAAUUACGCCUUCACGAAAUUUAUGGACGAGGUACUUCGAUUAUCGGACGUUUAUUUUGUAACCAGUCAUCAAGCACUCGAAUGGAUACGUUAUCCAACACCUGUUAAUAAUUUACAAACAUUUGAAUCCUGGCAAUGUAACAAACAAUUCGAACCAUAUGAAAUUGCUUGUGAUUUGCCAACUGCAUGUAAAUUACCAAGUAGAGUUUUAAAAUCCUAUCGUUAUCUUCACACUUGCUUCGAAUGUCCCAAACAAUAUCCAUGGCUGAGAAAUGAAUUUGGUUUAGAUUAAAAAGAAUGUAAUUUUGAAAUACAA